CGUGACAGCAGUUUGGAAAUAGCGCCUGUGUUGAAGUGCUAGUCGGCGGUUGCAGAGUUUGUUAGCUUUUCUUUUUUUUACUGCUAGUUGUAAUUUUCUGUAUUAUUUAUUUACAAACGUAAAAAGGUAACCCAUUUAUGGACCUGCGCGGAUUAUGACCAAGGAAAAACUGCACCAGAAGACGCAUUUGAUAUAUUCUACAUUAAUAAAUCAGUCAUCGUCACACAGGGAGGAUGCGUGACCUGGCAGCUCAGGUGACCAGCGGUCUGCUGCAUUUUCCUGCAGUGACGGUGGACGCUUUAGGAGAAGAUGAAGUGACCCUGGACUCGGUGCUUCAUGGAAAAUUCACGGCAGGUCGUAGCAUGUUAGCAUGGCUGGCGUGUGGGCCGCACUUGGAGGUGGUUCACGCGGCGACAGGCGAGCGUUUCUCUGCGUAUCGUUUCAGCGGCGUGACGGAUCACCUACAGCCCUGCGUGACGGCGGUGAGAGAGUUCAGCUGGCUGAAGCGCAGCGGGCUGCUCGUGGGUCUGCAGGAGGACGAGAGCAGCAUGUUGUGUCUCUACGACCUGGGCAUCUCCCGCGUCAUUAAAGCUGUGGUCAUUCCAAACAGGAUCACUGCAGUGGAGCCUCUGGUGAGUUAUGGAGGAGCGAGUACGAGUACGCAGCACCUGCACCAGAGCCUGCGCUGGCUUUUUGGAGUGGUUGCCGUGGUAACAGAUGUUGGGCACGUCCUAUUGGUGGAUCUGUGUUUAGAUGAUUUCUCCUGCACUCAGACUGAACUGGAGGCCUCAGAUCUGGAGGUGGUGAAUAAAUGUCCGUCUGAUAUUCCGCGUCUGAGAGAGGGAGUCACUCAGCAAGGACGCCACCUCUGUCUCCAGCUGUGCAGUCCCACAGGGAUAGGGGUUUCAGCUCUGCACUUCAUCAGCCGCACCAAUCAGCUCGCUGUGGGCUUCACCGACGGCUUCCUGCAGCUCUGGAACAUGAAGACGCUCAAGAAAGAGUAUCACUCUCAGCUGGAAGGUGGCCGAGUCCCUGUGUAUGCCUUCAACUUCCAGGAGCCGGAGAACGACCCGAGGAACUGCUGCUACCUCUGGGCCGUUCAGUCAGCACAGGAUCUUGAGGGUGAUGUAGUCAGCCUCCACCUACUGCAGCUGGCGUUUGGGGAGAGGAAGUGCUCAGCAUCAGGGAAAAUAAUCUAUGAGGGUCUGGAGUACUGUGAGGAGCGUUACAGUCAGGAUCUGAGUGGUGGUGUGUUUCCUCUAAGAGCUCAGGCCACACACACUCGCCUGCUCAGCUCCCAGACCAUUGAGAAGUUCCGCCAUCAUCCCGACAGAGAGGACAGUGUUAACGAAGUGGCGUCUCCUGAUACGAGUGUGUUGGUGUUCAGCUGGCAGGUGAAGUCAUAUGGACAGGGUCAACCUUCCACCUUCAUCGGAGUAUUCGAUAUUAACAGAUGGUAUCACGCUCAGAUGCCUGAUUCACUGAGAACAUGUGUCCUCAGGGCGGGUGAGUCUCUGCAGAACUGUCCCUACCUGGCCGUGUGGUCUCUGGACUCUGUGGUGGAGGUGGCUCAGUCCUGCCCCCUGCUGGACAUGGUGGUUCAUGAGCGCAGUCUGAGCAGAGCUCUGCCCCACACCUGCCCCCCUCCAGAGCAGUUCUACAACCCUAACACAUACAACUUUGAUGCGAGCUGUCUGCUUAAUGCUGGAAUAGUCCACUUCACCUGCUCUGGCUAUCAGAAAGAGACUCUGAGUUAUCUGAAGAAAGCUGUGCUGAGUCUGAGUGACGGGAUUUCUAACGGAUUUUCCCAAUGCCUGAUGUCCGGCCUGCUGUCCUCUCGGCUCACGGACGUUCAGCCGUCCAGCCUGACUGAGCAGGAGCAGCUGGACGCUGUAUUAACCACAGCGGUGGAGACGAGCGCUUUGGGUCUGAUCACCGGCUGCAUUAGAAAGUGGACCAGCGAGGAGCAGGCCGGAUCUGCAGCAAACCUGCGCUACAUCCUGGAGUGGGCCUGGGAGAAAGUGGUCAAAACCAAAGAGGAGCUUGAUGGCAUAUGUGCUCCAUUAUUCGACAGCUCAUCUAAUUUUAUUGAUCCUCAAACGCUGCAGCUUCUCCAACACAGUCAGCGAUUACUGAGUAACCUCUGUACCAUCCUCCACUGCCUGCUGAAUGAGGCUCAGGAGUUCACACAGAGAGGAUUAUUAGGCCUGGUGAAUAAGUGCAUGGUGUCAAGUCUGAUCUCCCAGUAUGCUCAGGUGGUCCUGUGGUUCUGCCGCACUGGUCUCCUCCCCGAGAGCGCCGAUGAUGACGUCCUGCAGAUAUCGAGGCCUUUUUACAGUUUUUCUGUGAUAAAGAAUUAUUACAUGGGUCAGAGGGAGGAGCUGCACAGACUGGCCAAGGAUAAGUGGAACGCUGACUGUCUGAUGAUCGACGGACUGGUGGCCCAGUGUGGUGAGCGUCUCUCAGAGCUGUGGAAGAGAGACGAGGGUGGGACUGGGCAGUACCCACCACCUUCACUACACGCCCUGCUGGACUUGUACCUCCUGGAAAAUGUUGAAGAAUCUACCAAACAUGCUAUUGUGAUUUAUCUGCUUCUGGAUGUGAUGUACUCUCUUCCUAAUAAGAGUGGAGCUUCAGUGGAGUCUUUCCCCACGGCUUUCUCCAUCCCCAUGGGCUUAGUAAAGCUAGUACAGGGCCUCUGGUUACUGGAUCACCAUGACCACGAGAACUCUCUGGACCUGCUCCUCCACCCAUCGGUCUCUCCGUAUGUGUGGGCAUGGCAGCACACUCUGGUUCUGCAGGCUCUGAUGAUUCAGAACAAGCACAGCACAGCACUGCACUACCUGCACAUGAUGAAGCCCUCCAUCACCUCCACCCCCCUCACUAAGCUGUGUGUGUCUGUACUGCUGCACAACAGGUGUUUAGUGGAGGCGUGGACCUUGUUGAGGCAGCAGGUUAAUAAACUCAGUAUGGACGAGCUGCUCAGGUUUUUCUAUGAGACGUGUCAGGAGCUGGGAUUAAUGAAGGAGCUCCUCAAGCUACCUCUCCGACCCUCUGAACAGGAGUGUUUACAGCGCUUCCUGCAGGAAACAGGAGGGUUUCAGAACAGAGAGCUCCUCAUGGUUCACCAUCUCCAGCAGGCCAACUAUGUUCCUGCACUGCAGAUCAAUCACAUGCUGAAGAUGAACCUGGCUGGUGAUCGAGAUCCGAAGAUGAAGGAGAGAUCCAACACUAGAAACUCCAUCAUGAAUCAGUAUGGGAAGGUGUUGCCACGUGCUCAGAGGAAGCUGGCCCUCGAACGGGCAAAACCUUAUCAGCACCCGUCCACCAUCCUCAGAGAGGUUACCAGGCCUCAGCCGUUAUCCACUGUGGCCAAGCGCUCCACUAACGAGAACGUCCUGAGCAGAGCGGCGUUUAUUAAAAACGUUCUCACAAAGAUUGAGGAGGUGUGGAUUGGGAAGGACACUACACCUGAACCCUCCCCUCUCAAGAGCCCAAAUGUCCAUGAUCUGGUGUCCAGUCCAAAUCCCCCAACCUUAAAUGUCUCUGAGGCCUUUGUAGGAACACCGAUUAAUAUGCUGACUAAAAGGAUCUCCAGGCUCCUGGACCUGGCAGUGCAGCCUUCGUCCCACACGUCUCCAGAACCGUCUCACUCUCAGACUCCGUCCAGAUCCAUCAGUUCCUGGACUGCACCUAAACACAUCAGCAGAGCUCCUGAGCUCAGUCUCUUACACACUCCACAAGUGGUCAAGAGAGCUCGAGCUUUAGCUGCAUCUGGUCCGGUCUUCUCCUCCUUCACCCCUCAGUCCAUCCUAAGGAGCAGUCUCCGCCCCACUCCUAUAGCCACGCCCACCGCUUCGCCUGCACGAUCGGCCACACCCCCCUUGCGUCCCAAAGAGAGUCGCAUUACUUUCAUGGAGGAAAUUCAAUCUCCAGAUCAGCCUAAGAGCUCCUCUCUGCACUGGAGCAACGGGCUCACUGCAACUGAUGAAGUUAGUGAGCUGAAAUGCCCACCCCUGCCACCAGAGGGCGGAGUUGAGGGAUGGAGUGAACAUUCCGGUGAAGAAGAAGAGGAUAUGAAAGAACCCAGUGUAGCACUCCUGCCUUCACUGAAACAGAAAGAGAACCGUGAGUCAGAAGAACUGAAGCAGGUCUUACCCACACUGGAGUGCAGGCCCAGUCUGGGACACGAGACAAGCGCACUCUCUGUCCAGUCAGAUUCCACACUGGAAUUCCACGAUGCUCUUUGUCCAGCUGAUGUGAUGAGGCCUGCAUCUAGGCUGGAUGAAGAUGAUGAAGUCAUCGUCAGGCAUCCAGAGUCAAACAAUGCCACCAGUGCUGAAGAGCCAAUUGUGUAUCGGGAAAUGGAAAAUGAUGAGAAAGUUUCGAAAUUUGAGAGACAGCAGGAGUCAAAAGAAGAAGAACGGUCAAAAGAUGGCACUGAUAAAUGGAUGGAGGAAUCUACAGGAGGAAGAGAAGUGCAACCAGUUGUUCCAGGCACUUCACUAGAGGAGUCAGAUCAGGACGAUUCAAUGCAUCAUGAGAUUUUGGUACCACGUGAAUCAAUCAGAACCUCUGGAGAGUCUGAGAAGAUGAGCAGAGAGGAGGAGAUCAAGGACACCGGUGUUGAUGUCACUGUGGAGGAGCCAAUCAGCGCGAGUCCCAAAGACUCGGAGUCACGUGACUCAGCUGAACACUCAGUGCUUGAUAAUGAGCCAAUCACUGAGCUUCCUGCUUUUAGAAGUGAAGCUGUUAACGAAGAGCGGAAAGAUAAACUCGAAGCCAUGGAGACAUCAGACCUGGAUGAGUAUGUGGAGCGACAGUUAUUCUGUGAUCUGUCUCCUCCACACUCCCACGCAGACAGUAAAGAGAUUUUAAUAUCCAGAAGUGAUCCAUGUGGAGAUGAUAAAGAUCUCGGAGCUGAGGAUGAUUCACAGAAAUCUGUCACUUCAUCUGAAGCUGCGACUUCUGGGUCACAUUCUGUGGUCAGCCUGAACGACACCGAGGAACUCUCCAGCACUGAGGAGGAGGAGAUUGGGGAGGGUGAGGAGGAGGAUGCAGAAGCUGAAGAUAAGGAGGAGGAAGACUCUGGCAGUGAGGUGGAAAUUAUAGAGGAAGUUAAAGGAAAUGGGACGCAGCAGCACCUUUACCUGCAGGACCUCCAAACUGAAGAUCAGUUCCUCCAGGAGCAGGCAGCAGCUGUGCUGAGCCUCGUCACUGACCCACAGCUGAAGGUGAUGGAUGGCUGUGAGGAAGAGGAAGGUCAGGUGGUGGUGGUUGGCCUGAGACCUGCAAGCCUGAAUGAUGAAGGUGAUGUGUGCUACACCGAGCUGAAGCCCUCCACUACCCUCCUGGUUCCUAUCGAGCUGGCUGCUGAACAUCAGGAGCUUCUGCACGGCUCUGAGCUGCCAGAGGUCACACUUCCUGCCGACUCCAAUAACUUUUCCCUCAUGCUGGAGGCAGAUGAUGAAGAACCAGCAGCUUUAGAAAUGGAUCCUGAGAACAUCUUUGCUCUAAAAGGGAAGACGGAGCAUGCUGGAGAUGCUGAAGAAGAACCAAAUGGUAACAGGGAUGAUGUUAAUGCGGAGCAUGCUGUUCUAGAACCUGAGGAAAUGUUUCAAGUGGAGGAGUCGCUUUCAGAAACAGUUGUGCCAGAUGUUGUGGAACCUACUAAACCAUCACAGAAGCUUGAGAUGGGACAGGAAAUGAGUGAAUCUGAACCAAACACAGAAGAUCAACCUGAUGAACCAGCUGAGGAACCUCAGACAAAAUCAGAGUCAGAAGCAGUGGCAACAUCUGAACCACUUAUAGAAGAUGAAUCUGAUGAACCAGCAGCUCAAGCAGAGCAGACAGAAGAGAAAGGGCCAGAUCCUGACCAUGCAUAUGAAGCCCAAACAGCUGAGGAAUCUAAGGAGAAACCAGUGGAACCUGCAGAGGGGUCUGUGGAGGAACCUGUGAAGCAACAUGUGACUGAAGAGACUCUAGAUGAAACUGACGUUUGUGUCGACAGUCAGCUUGAAGAUUCUGACUCAGCCGGGGUCAUGGACGAUGGUUUGACCGUUAAUGAGAAAAUGCCUGCUGAAGAGAGUGUUAUAGAGGCGAGUGACACGGUUCCUGUAGCUGACAAGUACGUUUCUGAUUCCUUUAAAGCUGAGCAGAAAGAUGCUAAGCUUAAGGAAGCUAUAGAAGCCACAGCUGAACUGAAGGAAGUCCAACGAAGCCCAGCAAGAAGAGGAAGGAAGACCGUUACGUUCCCAGUAACCAUGAUGGAAUCUGAGAAAGCUGAGAAAGAGGAUCCAAGUGAAUCGAAAGUGCCUUCCACACCAAGACGUGUAACAAGGAGCAGCAAGCAGUUGCUGGAGCCUGAAGUUCUCAUCACACCAAGAAGAAGCACAAGAAAAACAGAUUCUGAAGUCAUGGUGGAGGAGAUGCCUUCAACAAAAGAAACUCCUCCACGCAAGACUCCACAGAAAGCUACACCCAGGAGAGGAUCUCGCAAAACAAAGAUCUCGAGUUCAAAUGAUGAUGAAGUCCAGAAAAUGGAGGAAACUUCAGUUGUUGAACAUCAGAGUGCAAGAAAGACUAGAAAAGUGGCAACAAUCGGAGUCCCAGAGCCCAUCCCUGAGGAAAAUCAAGCUAACACUAAUGCUAGUCCUAGUAGAGUGACUCGCCAGUCAAGCAGGAGGCUGAGCUUAACACUGGAGAACUUCCACAUGGUUUCAGAUGUCCAGAACACGACUUUAGUCACACCACCGAGGAGCAGAAGAAAAACCAGAGGCAUUACGGAGGAAAAAACGAGCAACGAGACGUACGUAUUGGAUGGCGCACAACUUCAGAACGUUUCCAGACGACUGACGAGGAGCCGGCACUGGACCGAUGGAGAGGAACUUGAGAAACCGGAGAACAUGGAAUCCACUAAUCUGCUGGAGAAUGCUUUGAUGGAGAGGCUGAAUGAUGAACAAGCAAAAGAGAGUGAAGUGGUAACGGAGAUAGUGCGCGCCAAACGGAGGACCAGAUCUGUAGCUCUAUCUGUGGAACCUGAGGAGCAGAGCGCUGAAGCUCUGGAGUCUGUGCUUUCUACUGAACAGCAGAAGAAACCCGCUCCAUCUGUUAGAAGAACGCGAGGCAGCAGAGUGCCAGAAGCUGAGACCUCACCUGUCCGUGAUGCUCCAUCUGGAGCUCAGAGAGCAAGAGGAAAGAAAAAAGAGCUGUCUGUAAAUGAUAUCGUUCUGUCUCCUCCAUCGGCUCGAACCAGACGAGCCUCCUCUGUCGCUGGCCACCUCGAGGAAAAGGUUUUAUCGGACGAUGCUGCAGUGGAUGCUGAAGCGGAGGUUAAAACGAGGAAGAAGAGAACGACCAGAGCGAGAGUGGAGCCUGACCCGGUGAAGGUGGACCUCCUGUCUCCGCUAGCGAGUCCUGCAGAACCGCUCCUGCGGAAGAAGCCGGACGAUCGAGAAGCCGCCACCCCGAAGAUGAAUCUGCGCCGCAGACGGAUGAUGGAGGCCAUUUUCCCCAAACCAGUCACACGCAGGAAGAAACUUUAACCCUGAUCACACCACCACCUCCACCACCGUCUUCAUCUUCACCAGAGAUUUAUUUUCUUCUCACGCUUCACCCGUUUCCCUCACAGCCGGAUUUCUGCCAGGACUUUCUGCUGCCUGCUGUUUUCUAAUUAAGCAAAUGAUUUUUGACGUGAAUAAAUAGUGCUCUGAUUUGGGAGGUUUAAUUUUAUAUGAAAUAAAUAAAUAAACGAAUGACUGAGAUUUCUAGAACAAUGCAAUGAGGGAAGCAAAAGGAUUCAGAAGUCUUACGUUUUUAAAAACGUGCAUUUCUACAAAUGUAAAUAGUCUUUUAGGGAUGUUCUAAAUAAAAUUUGAUACCUGUGAAUGAGUUUGGUACUCGUUAUUUUUUUGUAGUGCGCACCACACUCGAGUGAGUCUCUCCUUUUGUCUGGUCAUGCAAUAAGUCACUUUGUUUACUGCAGCGUUCAGUAUCAUGAUGAUUAAACUCUCCCGAGCUGCCCGGCGGAGUGGACAGAGAUAAUUGGCCCUAUUACAUGGCUUCCUGAGGACUUCUUGCGGCCACCUGAUGUCCAAACUGAGCUUCCACUACUUUAUUUUUUUGUGUUUUCAGUGUUUGUAUUUCUCUUGAGCUCUCUGAAUAAUGAUGCUGUGAAUAUUCACUUCUAUAACUCUCUUCUUUCCCUUAUCUGCAGUAAUGCGUGCUCUUUAGCUGUGUUUUUAUGCUCACGUGUCACUUCCUGUUCCACUUUUCAGUCUUCUGGUUUUGAAAUUUUAUAUUUUAGAUUUAUAUAAGGCGAUGCUCUAUAUAUUUUAUGCCAAAAUU